AUGAAAAUCACAUGCAUCACCAUCUCAUUUUGGCUAGUCUCCAUGCUACUACUGGACAAGAGCCAGACUUCUGAAACAGAAAUCAAAUGUAAUUUCACUGAAAAGAAUUAUUCUUUGAUUCCAGUGGAUAUCAAUAAAGACGUUACUAUACUUGAUCUCAGUUAUAACCAAAUUACUCUUGACAUUAGAGACACAAAGGUUCUACAGAAGUAUUCUUCACUCACUGAGCUCUACUUGAUGGAGAAUAAUGUUACUAUCUUACAUAAUAAUAGUUUCCGAAGCCUCUCCAAUCUGAAAAUUUUAAAUAUUUGUAAAAACUCCAUCUAUGUAAUUCAAUAUGAUGCAUUUGUAGGCUUGGAUAAACUCAAACAGUUGUAUCUAUGCCAAAAUAAAAUAAAGCAACUGAAUCCUCAUAUAUUUGUGCCUCUAAAAACCCUGAAACUUCUGAGUCUACAAGGCAAUUUCUUAAGUUAUUUUGAUGUACCACAACUAUUUCAUCUGGAAUUAAUAAUGUUAUAUGAAAAUCCAUGGAACUGCUCCUGUAGUAUAUACAAUUUGCAGAACUGGUUGAACACAUCAAAUGUGACACUAGAAAAUGAGAACAUCACCAUGUGUAUCUACCCAGAUACCCAGAAGAGCUACAAUAUCAAAACAGUACCCCAUGCAGCUGAAUGCUCAAAAUUCACUUCAUCUGUAAUGGAAGACCUUUAUAUUAAUUUUCAGUUCAUUAGCAACUCAACAUUUAACAGCUCUCUGAAUAACUUAACAGGAAAUUCAGAACAUGAACCUCUUGGAAAAAGUUGGGCUUUUCUUGUUGGUGUUGUUAUCACUGUACUGAUUACUUCACUCCUUAUAUUUAUGGCUAUCAAAUGCCCAAUAUGGUAUAAUUUUCUAAUUAGUUACAACCAUCAUCGCCUGGAAGAACAUGAAGCAGAAACCUAUGAAGACGGUUUUACUGGAAACCCAAGUUCUCUUUCACAGAUACCAGAUGCAAACUCUGAAGAUACUACAGUGAUAUUUGAACAACUGCAUUCAUUUGUGAUAGAUGAUGAUGGGUUUAUUGAAGACAAAUAUAUAGAUACCCGUGAAUUACGUGAAGAAAAUUAA